AUGGACCCUUUCAAACAAAAACCUAAGUGUUUAUUCAUUCAUGGACCUAUCAUUGUAGGUGCUGGUCCUUCUGGUAUAGCAGUUGCUGCUUGUUUAUCAGAACAAGGUGUUCCAAGUCUUAUUCUUGAGAGAAGUGACUGUAUAGCUUCACUUUGGCAAAAUAGAACCUACGACCGUUUGAAACUUCAUUUGCCUAAACAUUUUUGUGAGCUUCCUUUGAUGAGUUUUCCUCAACAUUUUCCUAAGUAUCCUACCAAACAUCAGUUCAUUUCUUACAUGGAAUCCUAUGCUGAUCAGUUUGAUAUUCGUCCUAGGUUUAACCAAACUGUUGUUACUGCUGAGUUUGAUCCAUGUUCGGAAAUUUGGAAUGUUAAAACACUUGACGGUUUUCAGUAUUCUUCACCUUGGCUUGUUGUUGCUACUGGUGAAAAUGCUGAACCUGUCAUUCCUAAGAUUCAUGGUAUGGAACAUUUUCAUGGUCCUGUUGUUCAUACUUGUGACUAUAAAUCUGGUUCUCAAUACAAAAACAAGAAGGUUUUGGUCAUUGGUUGUGGUAAUUCUGGUAUGGAAGUUAGCUUGGAUCUUUGUAGACACAAUGCUCUACCUCACUUGGUUGCUAGAAACACAGUACAUAUGCUUCCAAGAGAUAUCUUUGGGUUCUCAACAUUUGGAGUAGCUAUGGCAUUAAACAAAUGGCUUCCAUUGAAAUUAGUUGACAAAUUCCUCUUACUAGUUUCAAGCUUCUUCUUGGGAAACACCAAUCACUAUGGCAUCAAAAGGCCUAAAACUGGUCCUAUAGAACUCAAACUUGCAACAGGAAAAACUCCUGUCCUUGAUGUUGGUCAAAUUGCUCAAAUUAAAUCCGGUAACAUUAAGGUGAUGGAAGGUGUGAAGGAGAUAACAAGGAAUGGUGCAAAAUUUAUGGAUGGACAAGAAAAGGACUUUGAUGCAAUAAUCUUAGCAACAGGUUACAAGAGCAAUGUGCCUAGUUGGCUUAAGGGAAGUGAUUUUUUCACUAAAGAUGGAAUGCCGAAAACACCCUUUCCUCAUGGAUGGAAAGGAGAGCAAGGAUUGUAUACGGUAGGGUUCACAAGAAGAGGUUUACAUGGAACAUAUUUUGAUGCUAUCAAAAUAUCUGAAGAUAUUACAAAUCAAUGGAAAACAAUUAAGAACAAGAGUUGUAGUAGUGAUUCACAUAUCAUAAACCUUAUUAAUGUUUAG